AUGAUUAGUGUGAUACUACUACUACUCGUCGUUAUAAGCUCUACUAGUAGCUUCAAAAUAGCAGCGAAUGGAUACAAGCCUUGUUUAGAUGCUUCCAUGAUGAUAACCAAAUAUAGUGAAUCGUUGUUUUCACCUUCUGAAUGCAUUAAUAAUGAAUUGACUUUAAUUCAAAAUCCGUGGGAAUCAUCCAAAGUGAACAACAUGGUGGCGAAAAUUCUGCUCGAAGAGAAGCUUGGAGUUUGUGUGAACAUUAGACGCAAUACAACAGUUACGAAAGGUUUAGAACUGAUCAAUACUGAGGGAAAAGAUAAGCCAAUCGUCAUUCUGGAGUUUUGGAAGUCAGGUCGAUCGCAAGAUUACAGAAAAUAUGUACAAAAUGGUAAAUAUAUCAUAGAUCUGGGAGAGUUGGGACCCAUUGGUCGUGUGGGAUGGUACGUUCCCUAUUUUAUGACUGAACGACAAGAUCAAACGGACGAUUUUGUUCGUUCCUAUCGGUACUUUAGAACCACACAUGUCAUUCCUUUCAUUAAUGGUGUUCCACAAGUUCUUUCAUUUAACAAGCAGAUUAUUCGAAACUUGAAAUUGAAUCUCAAUGUCACACCAGUACCCGAGGAAGAU